AACAUAUCCAACCAAGAGAUUCCGAUUCCCACUAUCAAUACCGACAAUUAUCUUCUUCACCAAUAAACAAACCUCCACCUUACCUUUUUCCUUCUCCUUCCCCCUCGCCCCGAAUAAUCUUCAUUCGUUCAGACCUAAAACAAAAUUAUACCUAGUACCUAAUCUACCUUACCUAGGAUACCUUAGCUAAUCUACCUACGUUCGUUCCAUCGAACCCCUAUCUUAUGUAAGGUAGAAAACAAGAACAAGAAGAACAUAUCAUCACCACCAUCAUCAUCCACAAGAUGUCCACCAUCGACAACCUCAAAGACCGCACGACCCCGGUGUUCUCCCCGGACGACGUCACCGUCAUAUUCGUCCUCGGCGGGCCCGGCGCCGGUAAGGGAACCCAGUGCGAGCGCCUGGUGGCGCGGUACGGCUUCGCCCACCUCUCGGCCGGCGACCUGCUGCGCGCCGAGCAGAACCGGCCCGACAGCGAGUUCGGCGAGCUCAUCCGCCACCACAUCCGCAACGGGCUCAUCGUGCCCAUGGAGGUCACCAUCGCCCUGCUCGAGGCCGCCAUGCGCCAGGUCCUCGACGAGCCCACUUCCACUUCGACCUCGACCGACGAGGAGAAGAAGACAGAGAACAAGAAGAGGAAGGGCAAGUUCCUGAUCGACGGCUUCCCCCGCAAGCUCGACCAGGCGAUCAAGUUCGAGGAGGCCGUGGUCCCCGCGCGCCUGGUGCUCUUCUACGACUGCCCCGAGGACGAGAUGGAGCGCCGCCUGCUGGAGCGCGGCAAGACCUCGGGCCGCGAGGACGACAACGCCGAGUCCAUCCGCAAGCGCUUCCGCACCUUCGUCGAGACCAGCAUGCCCGUCGUCGACUACUUCGAGAAGCAGGACCGCGUCGUCCGCGUCGACGCCCGCCUCGGCCCCGACCAGGUCUUCGACGUCACCAGGAGGGAGAUCGAGAAGCGCCUCCACUUGUCUUAGACUUUUUUAGAUUUACUUUUUUUUC